GGUUGGCUCACAGAAUAAGACGAACCUUUAAUAUGUCGCACAUUGUCAGGAAUCAAGGAAGACUCCAGAAAUGGUAGAAGACAGGAUGGGGGACUGUUGGAGCUACACCAAGGAUCAGUUUGACAACUUGGAGAAGCAUACACAGUGGGGGAUCGAAUUUGUCGAGAAGUACACCAAAUUUGUCAAGGAGAGGUCAGAGAUCGAAACCAGCUAUGCAAAACAAAUUAGGAAUUUAUCAAAGAAGUAUCAACCCAAGAAGAACUCGCGAGAAGAGGAAGAGAACAAGUUCUCCUUCUGUCGAGCCUUCGUGAUGACGCUUAACGAGUUAAAUGACUACGCGGGUCAACACGAGGUCAUCGCCGAGAACUUGACGUCUCAAAUCAUCGCCGAGCUUUCGCGCUACCUGCAGGAGAUCAAGACGGAGAGAAAAUCGCACUUCCAUGAUGGGCGCAAGGCACAGCAGCACAUCGAGAGCUCGUGGAAACAGCUGGAAUCGUGUAAAAGAAGGUUCGAGAGGGACUGCAAAGAGGCAGACAGAGCACAGCAAUACUUUGAGAAGAUGGAUGCCGACAUUAACGUGACUAAGGCUGACGUGGAAAAGGCACGACAGCAAGCUCAGAUGAGGCACCAGAUGGCUUCUGACAGUAAGAACGAUUACUCCGCCUACCUGCAGAAGUUCAACCAGGAACAGAAUGAACAUUACUAUACAAUUAUCCCUAACAUAUUCCAGAAACUUCAAGACAUGGAGGAGAAAAGAAUUGAGAGGAUAGGAGUGUGCAUGAAGACGUUCGCAGACGUGGACCGCCAAGUUCUUCCCAUCGUGGGGAAAUGUUUAGAUGGAAUGACGAAAGCCGCUGAGUCAAUCGAGCCCAAGACUGACUCGAAACAGGUGGUGGAAUCUUAUAAGUCCGGGUUCGAGCCCCCGGGAGACGUGGAGUUUGAGGACUACGGCCAGGCCAUGAAGAGGACGGCGUCCGACACCAGCCUCUCCAACGCCAGAGAGGGCAAGGAGAAGCCUGCUGGCAAAACCAAGACCAAACUGUGGCCUUUCAUUAAGAACAAGAACAAGCUUAUGUCCCUGUUAACGUCCCCCCACCAGCCCCCACCUGCCCCCCCAGCCUCAUCCCCGCCCUCACCCUCUACUGUUCCCAACGACCCCCAGUCUCCCAAGCAACACAAGGAGCCCCUCUCCCACCGCCUCAACGACUUCAUGACCUCCAAACCCAAAAUGCACUGCCUCCGGAGCCUGAGGCGAGGGAUCACACUCAAUUCCCACGUCCGGAAUCUCAUUGAGGGCUCCGGGCCAGAGGACUUCAGCCACCUGCCCCCAGAACAGAGGAGGAAGAAGCUGCAAGGAAAGAUAGACGAGCUGAGUAAAGACAUUCAAAAAGAGAUGGACCAGAGGGACGCCCUAACUAAGAUGAAAGAUGUCUACAUAAAAAAUCCUCAAAUGGGAGAUCCAACCAGUGUAGACCCCCGCCUAACAGAAAUAGGACAGAACAUCGAGAAGCUCCAGUCUGAAAUGCAGAAAUUUGAGGGCUGGUUAGCAGAGGUUGAGGAGAGGAUGCCAUCCAAGAGCGAUACACAACGGAGAAGUCUCUAUGAGACCCAGAACAACACAACAGUGAGCAACAACUGUGCACAGGACAGAGAGAGCAGCCCGGAUGGCAGCUACACAGAGGAGCAGAAUUCAGAGACUCAGGUCAAAGCCAACAUCAACCCCGAACCCAUCCCCAACCCCACCUCCACCACGCCGGAGUUUGACGAUGAGUUUGACGAUGAGGAGACCCUGCCUACCAUCGGCACCUGCAAAGCCUUGUACCCCUUCGAAGGUCAUAAUGAGGGUACCAUCUCAGUGGCAGAAGGGGAGCUGUUGUACGUCAUAGAAGAAGACAAAGGAGAUGGCUGGACAAGAGUGCGGAGGAAUGAGGACGAGGAGGGAUACGUCCCCACAUCCUACGUCGAGGUCUUUUUGGAAACAAAUGCCAAAGAUUCCUAAAAGUGUGAGGCUGGCUGAGGAAUGGCAGGGCAAGCAGCCUCGGAGAAACCACCAUGUUCCUCAUAACGCUCACAGAGUCAGAGUGAGAAAGUGAAAGACGACCUGAAUCUAAAUGCAUCUCAAUUACCAAACCGUUACAGAAAAAAACCCAAACCCUCCCCCCCCAAACUUAUCAGCAGUGUUGCGCUUCCUCUGCAGAGCCUGGCAGUGUGAAGCAACGCUAAGAGAAAUCCAUCUAAAUUUUAGUGCCCAUAACCUUUUCAUUCUUAACACCCAUACAGCAGUAACAACCACAGUAUACAAUUUGCUUUUUUUGUUGUUUUCAGCAAAGCUUUGCUUCUUAAUGUAACUAACUUCGCUUGUACCAUCGCGCGGUCAUGAACGUGGCUGUUGGCUUCCUCGCUCUGCCACUUCUCCCUUUCCUUACCUUUGCCCCAUUGUGCGCACACACACAAACACACACACACACACACACACACACACACACACAAAGGGCAGAGGGUGUGGUCAGAGACAGGACGGAGACCAGCGAGCAAGGAGCCCAGGGACAAAUGACCAGCCCCCCUCCCCCAUCUCCUUGUCAAACACCUUCAUCCGAGGUCUUCACUCACUCAUUGACUCGAGAAGGAUUCGUCGGUGAACACGUGGGGCUGUAAGAACCUCACACUCACCAAAAUCAGCUCCAUGUUUUCAGGUUUCAUCCGACUAGAGGAAGCAAAAGGUGCUAAUCAUUGAUGUGUACGUGUGCUUCUGGUUAUGUUUGUUUGAGACGAAUGCUUGCGUGUGUUAUCUGAAGGUCUUUGUGUGUUGCAAUGUCCCAUUUUCUCCACACCAGUGUCACUCCCACAACAUACAUCCACGAUCAACUGGAGGGAAACAGUGAUGGAUGACGGGUAUUUCUCCCCAUCACCCUCAUCCACAAAUUCAUGUCUUGUCAUCGGUGUCUGCUCCUCUCUCUGACCACACCUCCCUUCCUCCCCCUCAACCCCUCACCUACACAGCCCUUCCCUCCUCAGGCGGCGCAGGCUAACCCCUUGGCUGCUUUGAGCCCUCCUUUUUGCAACAGCUCGGGGCGGCGGCCUCUCAGCGUUGUGGUGUGCUGCAUGCUUGCCCUGUCUUCCUCCUCGCCCCUCUGCUGGCAGCCCGGAGGUGGCGGGGGUGUUUGCUGCGUCAGCUUACGCCCCCCCCCAGCCUCCAGCCUUUCUGUUCAGUUAACCCUCAUUGCCUGGUUGUACUGUUUGAAUUAACCUGAAUGCCACUGUUUGGGUUCGGUGCCUGUGAUUCAUUUCUUUUUUUAUAUAUCUUUUUCAUUGUUGGCUCAGAAAGCAUGUUUCCCUGUUUUUAACAGUGAGUGAGUGACUCCUCCCAGUGUUUCCCAGUUUAAUAUCAAAACUGUCAGCAAAUGACGAUAGGGACCCGAAAUGUUGUUUUCUGAGUGAUCGUAUGCAUAGGUAGGUCAUGGAUGUCUUGUGCAUUUGUUAUACUGCAAGUACACAGUACAGUAUGUAUGUAAAUAUAUUGUAUGUGUUGAUCAGAGUGUCUAACGCAAGUUGUUAGUUUACAGUUAAUCACCUCGUGGAAACACAAGUGUCUGCUUGGUUCUAAGCAGCAGUUUACCCAAAAAAUGAAACCUAUGAUGAUAUGAUUUACAAACCCGAAGUUGUCUGGAUGGUAAAACCACUGUCUACUGUAUAUGAAAAUAUACUGUGAUUCACAUUGUCCUGUGAGUUUGUGACUGAAAUGUGACAAGAUGCAGAAUCACCUGUUUUUUUCGGGCCUUAACCGGGUUUCUCUUCUGUUCACUGAGAGAAUGAUACUGAUGUUAGCUGUGGCGAAAUGAAAGGAUUAAGAUGAUUGUUUUAAAAGUUUGGGGGAAAGUUUUUUUUUUUCUUUCUUUUUUUAAUCAUGAAACUGUCAGACUUUAGGAAUUACAGUGUGUCCACUGAUUUCCCCUCUGCUCAACGGCACAUAUGUGAUUUUAACAUUUUUGUUUUAUAUUUGAUGAUGAGGUAAUGAGAUUUUUUGUUUGUUUGUUUGUUUAAGCUGGAAAUCUAUGUUGUAGCUUAUUCUGCCUGAGUGGGACUAAAAUCCCUUAACUGCAAAUGAGUAUGAGUAACAAUGACAUUUUUUGUGUUUUGGACGAAGCCAUUGUUUAACAUUCAUCUGAUGCAGAAAAUCAUGAGUGAUUAUAUGAUGACCAUGAAGACUUUUGAUGGAAACAAUGAUCAAAUCCCUGCUGUGGUACAGAAUGAAGCUUAGAAGUAUUGUUUGCUUUUUUUGCCACCCAUGCUCCAUACGUCAAGAUGUCAAACAAGCCACUUUUGUUUGUUAAUUGUUCCUGAGUGAUAAAUGAUGAGAUAAAUCUGAAGAGGCACAAAUCACCGCUUUGAUGCCAUCUGCCUGCCAGCAGUGCUCUGCGACGAGACCACCACAAACCUUUGAAUUGAUGCCCCAGAAUAACCUGCCUGUACAGUGGAAAUGGCGCGUUGGAAUUAGAGAGAAUAUAUAUGAAUAUAUAAAUAAAGUUUAAAAAGGAAAACAUCUAUUUUAACUAUUGAGAGUCUUACCAUUACUUUAUCUGCUUUGCAAAGUAAGACUUCUUUUCCUUUGUAAGGUCUACCAAAUGGUGUGUUUUUGCACUUUUUGUUUGUGUUCCAUUUGGUAGCCCAUGCUUGUGUUUUGGAGCACUGAAUACUUUGUAUUGUGUUUACUGUGCCAAUUAAAUAUGCCUGGAAAGUAAA